GCCUACUCAUUUCCUUUGUCAGUUAAUGUUUCAUCUGUUUUACUGAAGUUAGCAAAUGUCUCAGACAAAUGAACUCAUGGAAUUAUUUUCAUUUGGUUAAGCUUUCUUUGGAAGUCACUGCCUAGUUCCUUCUUUAGUACAAAAUAUAACUUUGCUUUUACUCUUUCCUGGACAGCAAGUUUUUUACAGCACCUGAUGUAUGGAAUUAUAUUUGUCUUCGCUUUCCUCAUUGGGACACCCCUACUAGGUGUUGUGCAGAUUACAGCUAUCGAAGUGUUUACUUCUAAGGAAGUAGAGGCUGUGAAUGGGACAGAUGUUAAACUGAAAUGCACAUUUUCAACGUCUGCACCGAUUGGAAACAAAGUUACAGUAACGUGGCACUUCAGGCCACAAGGAGGAAAAGCUGAUGAGACUGUUCUGUACUAUAAUAAUGAACCCUACCCUCCUGUUUCAGGGAGGUUUAAAGGUCGGGUUAUCUGGUCUGGUAAUUUGGCUGGGAAAGAUGCCUCCAUAACUAUCCGGGAUUUGCAACACACAGAUAAUGGCACAUUUACAUGCCAAGUACAGAAUCCUCCAGAUGUGCACGGGAUUGUGGGAGAGGUGAAGCUGAGCGUAGUUGACAAAGUUCGUUUCUCUGAGAUCCAUCUCCUGGCAAUUGUGAUUGGAGGGGCCAUUGGACUAAUCAUCCUCAUUGUACUUCUGGUGACAUGCAUUAAGUUAUGCUGCAGAAGAAAAAGUCAAGACAGCUGGGAUGGAGUGGAGUACCAUGACUGUAACAAAAUGCAAGAAGUAAAUGUAGUAAAGAAAAACUCUGAACAGACAGCCUCACUUGAAUCUUACAGUUAAGUUUGUGGAUAAAGACGAGCUGCAGUUAUUGCUUUAUCGUUAUUUCUAUACAAGCUGUGAGGCUGGACUGAAGAAAAGACUCUGGUUUACUUUCCAGAUUAAGUUAUUUUCUGUCUGCUACAUACAUUUGUUUUUCAAAAAUGUUACGGUUACUUCUACCCUUUGUUUGGGUGUGUACUUCCUGUGAAAGUACUGCCAUGAACUGAAUGUGCAGUGAGAGAAAAAUCUUGGGCUGUGGGAAGUUUCUACCUUACUAACUUCAGAAAUGUUUCCAGAUAAUUUAACUUUUUAAAUUUCCCAUAGUUUAAUGUUUUCAUAGAAAUCAAGUCUUCCACAUUGGGAAAGAGAACACUAGAUUUUUUUUUCUAUUUGGUAUUUUUGCCAUUGUAUAUUGCAUUUGAUUUUGUAUUCUGAGCUGCCAUGGCAUCAGAAUAUUUAUCUACUGGCUUUUCAAACAGUUAGCUGAAGUCAGGCUAAAAACAGUAAUUUUCAUCUAAAAACAACACUGUAAAUUGCUUAGUAUGUUUUUAUGUAACUGCUAGUUUUUUAGUCUGCAAUGAUGAAACCUGUGUUUGUGUAUGCCUGUGGUUGGGGUUCUACUACAUCUACAUUUGCAGCACAGUAAAGUGUUUAAUAAUAUAUUAUAAGUGGCAUCACUUGUAAACAAAAUGUCUAAAGUAUAGAAACCUGGCUUAUUUAGUCUAUCAUGAUAUAUUUUUCUAGAAGGCAAUCCCCUACAGUUUAAGGGAAAUGUGUUAAGGUUGUAACACUCAACCAAGGAGACAUGGUUUGUACUAUCAGGUCCCAUUAUCUGUGAUUUUUAAUAGUAUUACAAACAUUCUGUUUACAAGUUUGUGAUUAUCUUUGUAGCUUAACUGAUUGUGUAUUUUCUGUCUAAAUUAAUCACGUAAUUAGGAAAAGAUCCCUAUUUUCCUUAUAAAGAGUUUCAAGGAAAGUUCUUGAACUGUAAGUUCUGUCAAAAUUAGUCACACAAUUAGUGCACAGCCCCUCCUUUUAUUUUCUUCUAAAGAGCUCUAGGGCUAGGCCCUAGAAUUGUAAAUGCCUGACUAAAAACUACAGGAAUUUUGGCUGCAUACCUUUAUCACAGUUAUUUAAAUGUUUGAUCAUUUUGAUUAACUCUGUUUACCAGAUGUGUCUUUUAUAUUUGUGUUUUGUUAAAAAAAAAAAAAAACAAAUGGAAAACAAAAAACACUUGACUGUACAAGUAGUACCAGAUACUAUUUAAUUGUCUGUCAGUGCUCGGAAACAAAACGUUGCAUUGUGUGUGUGUAUAUGCGCAUCUGUGCGCGUGAGUGCAUGUGUGAGAACUGGAUUUAAAAAAAAAAACAUAAGUCUUUUCCAUUUUGGUAAAAGGCUAUACUCUGCUACCCCUUAACAUUCCAGAAUCAUCCGUUUGCAAUUUCCAUUAAUUUCUCCAGAGAAAAGAAGAUGGUUUACCUGAAGGUCAUAUUUUGCUUUCAAAUACAUUUCAAGAACCUUUUCAAUUGGUAGUCAUCCUGCCUAUUAAAAUGUAAAUUGUUACAUUGUUGUGUUCAUACUUGCUGGUUAUUCUGAGAUGCAGACAAACUUACACUAAUUACAGUUGUAAAUAGAAGUUAUACAAGGAAUCUUUGUACAUUAUACAUACAUGUUAGACAUUAUGCCUUCUUAACCCUUUCUGCUUGUUACUUACGAAACCCGUGUGCCAUUUUGUGUUAUGCAACAGGAAUGUCUUGUGUAUAUAGAAGUGUAUGACAGACACUUCUGUGGCAAAUACUCACCAAUGAAGUGUCAUUGGAUGGGAGUCAUUGUAUAAUUAUCUUAACCAAGACUGCAUUGUUAGUGAUACAUGAAAUGAGCACAUAUGUCAUUUUGUUUUGUUCAUGUUGCAGUGAAAACAUAUUUAACUGCAUUGUUUCAGAUGUACUCUUACUCAGCGUACAGUCUGUCAUCUGAGUAUCUUAGAUGCAACAGUGCAGCCUAUAUGCCACUGAAUGGAGCAUUGGUGGUAUGGACCCCAUUUAUCCAACACUUAACACUGCCUGGCCAUCUAGCUGCAGAGAUCCACUUAAUAAAUGGGAAAUUGUAUGGCAUUCAUUAAUGUGCCAAGCGAUUCAGCAAAUAAUUGUCAUGAAUUCUGGGUCUAGAAAGAAGGUUAUUUCUCUUCCCAAAGUAUACAUGCAAUAAUACCCACCCCAGCAUUGACUUAAUGAGGUGUUGGCCUUGUCUGAAACAUUAAGCCAAUACCUUUGUCUGUUUUUAUUUAGACUCUACAUGGUAAAUAAUUCUUCUUGUGUGCCCACAUUAAUGAUUUCAUUAUUAAAAAACAAAGAUAACCCUGCAAUGUCCUUGAUCUAAUUUCCCAUGAUACAUUUGUUAUAUACUGCUGUAGUGUAGUUAUGUUUUGGGUCAGUAAAGGUACAAUGCAAGUAUAAAAAUAGAAAAGUAACUCUCUUACCACUUGUGUUUUAACAUGUGCCCUGUCAUAUUCAUUAUUAAUUGACAUUUGCAAAACUAGAAAACCAGAGCUCAUUACAAAAUUAAUAUGUCCUACAUGGUAUGCUUUGUAAAAUACCCCAUGUAAAAAGAUGCUGAGUGUUAUAUGUUCAGAAAUGUGUGCAAUGUGCUUCAACAAUGCUACAAGAAUUUCAAGAAUUUAUUAUCUGGGAAUAUAUUUUCAACAGUACUGGAGGAAUUUAUUAUUUGGAGAUGUAUGUGAGUUGAUUUAGUUGAAUUACUACAUGUAUUUAAGAGAUAUUACUACUAACUGCUGCCUGGAAAUGAGUAUAAUACUUCUAUACAGAUGUUUUUUCUUUCUAGUUGUAAUUGUGAGGUACCUGUUAGGAGCAACAGUUUUAAUGUUUUUUUUUUCUUCAUAUGGCAAGUUUUAUAUUAAAAUGAUUUGAAAGCAGACAUUUCUAAAUAAACAAGUCCAGAACUGUA